CUUCUUUUAUUUGUAAAGCUCCCAAAGGCCUUUAAAGUGGAAAGCUUCCAUAGUUGCCCUGAUAUGCCCAAUUUACCUAACAACAUGGACAAUGUAACCGUAACAAUGAUACAGAGAAACUUAUACGUCCUCAAUGGAUACCUUGAUAUUACAAAGGAUAUAAACGUUCCUGUUGCCCUCUCAAUGGACGUUAAACGCUGCACGCUCGAUAAAACUCACUGUGAGGACUACGACAGCCUAACCAUCACGAAGCUUUGUGGAAAGCUCAAAGAUGCUAAAGCUCUUUGGGCCCCCAUGAUUGAAUCAAUACAACCCACACCACUCUGUCCGGUUAAACAUGGAAUCUAUCGCAUGACUAAUGCUACGGCUAAUCUAGCUGUUGUUUCCCGACUUCCACUUGACGGGUAUCGCUGGGUUGUUCGCUUCACGGUUCAUCAGGAUGGGGACAAGAAGAAAAUUCUCAUCUGCUUGGAUGCUGAAGUUUCCAUUACAAAUCAAAAGCGUCGUCAUGAAUGAAGGAGGACUUGUGAAAAAAAUGGGAAAAGGGUGUUUGUGGAGGUCAAUAAAAUUGAUGAGGACUAUAAACAAGAGUUUACUCAUUGUCUUAUCCGGAGUUAACCGUAAAAGAGUCAAUUUUUCAGCCUACGGUCUUCCUUUCUGAAGCCUCCUAAAAUCAGCUUCUCCUAAUAUCUCUUCGAUCUCUUCCCUGUUUACAGAAUAAGGGGAAAAAUGUCAAGAAAACGAGGAGUAAGUCUUCUUCUCUUACUGGUCAGUUUACGCCUGAUCUAUUGCCUAAACUUUGUAAGUACACACAUACCCAAAGAAUUUCCCAAAAGCUAGUUAGGCUAACAAUUUUUCUUUAACCUUGUAAAGCGUCCCAAAGCCUUUAAAGUCGAAAGCUUCCACACAUGUCCUGAUAAACCUGACUUACAAUCAAGUAUGGAUAAUGUGACUGUAAGCAUGAUUCAGCGGAAUCUCUACGUUCUCAAUGGGAACAUUGUCGUGAAGAAGAACAUUACAAUUCCCCUAUCUCUGACAAUGGACGUCAAGAGGUGUACGCUCGAUAAGAUGCACUGUGAAGAUCACGAUCGCCUAACAAUUACUAAACUCUGCAGUAAGCUCAAGGAUGUGAAACAAGUGUGGGGGCCAAUGGUUGAAAUGAUACAGCCACCACCUAAAUGUCCCAUUAAGGAAGGACUUCACCGCAUGACCAAUGCUACGGCUAAUUUAUCUGUUGUUUCUAUGCUACCUCUCGAUGGAUAUCGUUGGGCAGUUCGUUUUACAGUACACCAGGAAGGUGAACCAACAAAAGCCGUAUUAUGCAUGGAUGUUGAGGUUUCCAUAACGAACCAGAAACGUCGUCAUUAAAUUUGGGAAACUAUGAGUUACGAUUCUUUUGGGUUUUUAACGGUUUUUGAAAUGUUUGUGGAAUUCAAUAAAAAUAACAAUAAAACUAUAAAUUUAAAGUUUUAUAAGUACUUUGAACUAGGAUUGUUUAGCAGGUUAGUCUACGUCAAGAACUCCAGCAUAAUCUUCCUUUCUCUAAACUUCAGAUAAAUAAAUUCUCUGUUGUUACAAAGAAAAAACAUUUCUGCUUCCAGAGUACGGACAAAAUGUCAAGAAGAAGAGCAAUAAGUCUCCUUCUAAUUCUGGCUAAACUAUCUCUGAUCUAUUGCCUUAGUUUUGUGAGUAAACUAACCUCCUUGUUUACGGUAAAUAAAUUGUUGAGAAAAGCCUUUGUCUUUACAGCGCCCUAAGGCCUUUAAAGUUGAGAAUCACGAGCCAUGCCCUGAUAAACCUGGACUCCCUGUUAACAUGGGUAAUGUAACAGUUACGCAGAUCAGGAUAAAUUUUUACGUCCUCAAUGGGCACAUUGACGUAACAGAGGACAUCCCAACAUCAAUGGCUCUAACUUUGGACGUAAAACGAUGCACCCUGAGUCGAACCCACUGUGAGCAGUACGAUCAUCUAACCAUUAAUAAGCUCUGCAGUAAACUCAAGGAUGCCAAAGCUCUGUGGACGCCAAUGUUGGAGACAAUUCAUCCUUCCCCACUUUGCCCUAUUAAGGCUGGAGUUUUUACUAUGGUUAACGCCACGGCGGACCUUUCUAUCGUCACCAGAUUACCUCUGGAUGGGUUUCGGUGGGUUGUCCGGUUCACCGUACACCCAGAUGGGCAACCAAAGAAUCUAAUUCUAUGCUCAGACGUUGAGGUUUCGAUUACGAACCAAAGACGUCGUCAUGAGUGAAUUUUUGAGGGACAUUUUAAGGGUUAUUUUUGUGUGCAAAAAUAUUAAUAAAAUAUCGGGUUUGGAGAUAAUUUUUUAAUAUAUUUUUUUUUGUUAAUUUUUAAUAAAGUUUUUUUUUUUAAUUAUCUUUGGGUCCUUUGGGUCAAAAAGUUUGGAUAAUGUGGUAGACGAAUUAGUCCAGCUGGGUAAAUUAUUUUGACAGCAUUUAUCUUUUUUUACACAUCGCGUAAAAAAUUAUUCCGAGUAUAAUACCGUCCCUGAACAUAUUAAAGGGAUUAUAUCACGAAAAUUCUUUUUUUUUCUCUUCGAAAUAAAAUAAAUAAAAAAAAACUGAACAGGGUCAGAUUUAGAAUGAAUUCGUGCUAGAAAGUCAUCUAAU